AUAGACUACCACAACCUACAUCUUAAAAUUGCUAAAGAAGUAGGACACAAACAUGGGAAGGGUGAAAGCUACGGCAAUCCUGGCAUUGUGUAUCGAAGUCUGGGUAAUUACAAAAAAGCCAUAGAGUACCACAGCCUACAUCUUAAAAUAGCUAAAGAAGUCGGAGACAAGCGUAGGGAGGGUAACGCUUAUGGUAAUCUCGGCAAUGCCUAUGACAGUCUGGGCGAUGUCAAAAAAGCCAUAGAGUACCACAACCUACAUCUUAAAAUAGCUAAAGAAGUAGGGGACAAGCAUGGUGAGGGUAACGCUUAUGGCAAUCUUGGCAAUGCCUAUCACAGUCUGGGUGAUUUCAAAAAAGGCAUGGAGUACCACAACCUACAUCUUAAAAUAGCUAAAGAAGUAGGGGACAAGCAUGGGGAGGGUAACGCUUAUGGCAAUCUUGGCAAUGCUUUUUACCGUUUGGGUGAUGUAGAAGAAGCCAUAGAGUACCACAAACUACAUCUUAAAAUAGCUAAAGAAGUAGGGGACAAGCAUGGUGUGGGUAACGCUUAUGGCAAUCUUGGCAAUGCUUUUUACCGUUUGGGUGAUGUAGAAAAAGCCGUAGAGUACCACAACCUACAUCUUAAAAUAGCUAAAGAAGUAGGGGACAAGCAUGGGGAGGGUGGUGCUUAUGGCAAUCUUGGCAAUGCUUUUUACCGUUUGGGUGAUGUAGAAAAAGCCAUAGAGUACCACAACCUACAUCUUAAAAUAGCUAAAGAAGUAGGGGACAAGCAUGGGCAGGGUAACGCUUAUGGCAAUCUUGGCAAUGCUUUUUACCGUUUGGGUGAUGUAGAAAAAGCCAUAGAGUACCACAACCUAUAUCUUAAAAUAGCUAAAGAAGUAGGGGACAAGCAUGGUGAGGGUAACGCUUAUGGCGAUCUUGGCAAUGCUUUUUACCGUUUGGGUGAUGUAGAAAAAGCCAUAGAGUACCACAACCUACAUCUUAAAAUAGCUAAAGAAGUAGGGGACAAGCAUGGUGAGGGUAACGCUUAUGGCAAUUUUGGCAAUGCUUUUUACCGUUUGGGUGAUGUAAAAAGAGCCAUAGAGUACCACAAACUACAUCUUAAAAUAGCUAAAGAAGUAGGGGACAAGCAUGGUGAGGGUAAUGCUUAUGGCAAUCUUGGCAAUGCCUAUCACAGUCUGGGUGAUGUAGAAAAAGCCAUAGAGUACCACAACCAACAUCUUAAAAUAGCUAAAGAAGUAGGGGACAAGCAUGGUGAGGGUAACGCUUAUGGCAAUCUUGGCAAUGCCUAUCACAGUCUGGGUGAUUUCAAAAAAGCCAUAGAGUACCACAACCUACAUCUUAAAAUAGCUAAAGAAGUAGGGGACAAGCAUGGUGAGGGUAAAGCUUAUGGCAAUCUUGGCAAUGCCUAUCAGAGUCUGGGUGAUGUAGAAAAAGCCAUAGAGUACCAAAACCUACAUCUUAAAAUAGCUAAAGAAGUAGGGGACAAGCAUGGGCAGGGUAACGCUUAUGGCAAUCUUGGCAAUGUUUUUUACCGUUUGGGUGAUGUAGAAAAAGCCAUAGAGUACCACAACCUAUAUCUUAAUAUAGCUAAAGAAGUAGGGGACAAGCAUGGUGAGGGUAACGCUUAUGGCAAUCUUGGCAAUGCUUUUUACCGUUUGGGUGAUGUAAAAAAAGCCAUAGAGUACCACAACCUACAUCUUAAAAUAGCUAAAGAAGUAGGGGACAAGCAUGGUGAGGGUAAAGCUUAUGGCAAUCUUGGCAAUGCCUAUCACAGUCUGGGUGAUGUAGAAAAAGCCAUAGAGUACCACAACCUACGUCUUAAUAUAGCUAAAGAAGUAGGGGACAAGCAUGGUGAGGGUAACGCUUAUGGCAAUCUUGGCAAUGCCUAUCACAGUCUGGGUGAUGUAGAAAAAGCCAUAGAGUACCACAACCUACAUCUUAAAAUAGCUGAAGAAGUAGGGGACAAGCAUGGUGAGGGUAAAGCUUAUUGCAAUCUUGGCAAUGCCUAUCAGAGUCUGGGUGAUGUAGAAAAAGCCAUAGAGUACCAAAACCUACAUCUUAAAAUAGCUAAAGAAGUAGGGGACAAGCAUGGGCAGGGUAACGCUUAUGGCAAUCUUGGCAAUGCUUUUUACCGUUUGGGUGAUGUAAAAAAAGCUAUAGAGUACCACAACCUACAUCUUAAAAUAGCUAAAGAAGUAGGGGACAAGCAUGGGCAGGGUAACGCUUAUGUCAAUCUUGGCAAUGCUUUUUACUGUUUGGGUGAUGUAAAAAAAGCCAUAGAGUACCACAACCUACAUCUUAAAAUAGCUAAAGAAGUAGGGGACAAGCAUGGUGAGGGCAACGCUUAUGGCAAUCUCGGCAAUGCCUAUGACAGACUGGGCGAUGUCAGAAAAGCCAUAGAGUACCACAACCUACAUCUUAAAAUAGCUAAAGAAGUAGGGGACAAGCAUGGUGAGGGUAAAACUUAUGGCAAUCUUGGCAAUGCCUAUCAGAGUCUGGGUAAUGUAGAAAAAGCCAUAGAGUACCACAACCUACAUCUUAAAAUAGCUAAAGAAGUAGGGGACAUGCAUAGUGAGGGUAACGCUUAUGUCAAUCUUGGUAAUGUUUUUUACCUUUUGGGUGAUGUAGAAGAAGCCAUAAAGUACCACAACCUACAUCUUAAAAUAGCUAUAGAAAUAGGAGACAAGCAUGGGCAGGGUAACGCUUAUAGCAAUCUUGGCAAUGCUUAUUGUAGUCAGGGUGACUUAAAAAAAGCCACAGAUUACUACAACCUACAUCUUAAAAUAGCUAAAGAAGUAGGGGACAUGCAUGGUGAGGGUAACGCUUAUGUCAAUCUUGGUAAUGUUUUUUACCUUUUGGGUGAUGUAGAAGAAGCCAUAGAGUACCACAACCUACAUGAUCUAAUCAUGCUUAAACUUUUUUCAUUGCUUCAAAUUUACUUAAGUAUGAUUUAAGGAUCUCUGAUAAUAUCUCUCUUAGAUUUAAGAUAUACUGUAAUACAGCUUUUUUGGAAGAAAGUUUUUUAAAAUCCAUCUUAAUUUUGCAGAUUUUCGUAACUACCAUUGAUAUAUGCUGGUAUAAAAUGUAA